AUGGUUUUGGCGGACCUCGGGCGUAAGAUUACGUCCGCUCUGCGGUCGCUCAGCAAUGCGACCGUCAUCAACGAGGAGGUUUUAAAUUCUAUGCUGAAGGAGAUAUGUGCAGCGUUACUCGAAGCUGAUGUAAAUAUUAGAUUAGUAAAAAAAUUACGUGAAAAUGUACGCCAAGUUAUCGAUUUUGAAGAUAUGGCUGGUGGUCUUAAUAAAAGGAGGAUGAUACAGAGUGCAGUUUUCAAAGAACUCGUAAAGUUGAUCGAUCCUGGUGUCAAAGCUUAUCAACCAGUAAAAGGCCGUCCUAACGUGAUUAUGUUUGUCGGUUUGCAAGGUUCCGGUAAAACAACAACUUGUACCAAACUCGCGUAUCAUUACCUUAAGAAAAAUUGGAAGGCGUGCUUAGUAUGCGCCGAUACUUUUCGUGCCGGUGCGUACGAUCAGAUAAAGCAGAACGCCACAAAGGCUAGAAUACCAUUUUACGGAAGUUAUACAGAAGUAGAUCCUGUAGCAAUUGCACAGGAUGGUGUCGAUAUGUUCAAGAAAGAAGGAUAUGAGAUCAUUAUUGUAGAUACAAGUGGGAGGCAUAAACAGGAAGAAUCAUUGUUCGAGGAAAUGUUGCAAGUCGCGAAUGCUGUGCAACCAGACAAUAUUAUCUUUGUAAUGGACGCAACGAUAGGUCAGGCGUGCGAAGCGCAGGCAAAAGCUUUUAAAGAACGCGUUAACGUCGGUUCUAUCAUAAUUACAAAAUUGGACGGCCACGCUAAAGGCGGUGGAGCACUUUCUGCUGUUGCAGCGACACAAAGUCCUGUAAUAUUUGUUGGUACAGGAGAACAUAUAGACGAUCUAGAACCGUUUAAAACAAAACCAUUUAUUAGCAAGUUAUUGGGUAUGGGAGACAUUGAAGGUCUUAUUGACAAAGUGAACGAACUUAAUCUAGACGAUAACGAAGAAUUACUUGAAAAAAUCAAACAUGGUCAAUUCACCUUACGAGACAUGUAUGAACAAUUUCAAAAUAUUAUGAAGAUGGGACCAUUUUCACAAUUAAUGGGUAUGAUCCCUGGAUUUAGCCAAGAUUUCAUGUCGAAAGGGACAGAGCAAGAAUCAAUGGCAAGAUUAAAACGACUCAUGACUAUUAUGGACAGUAUGAAUGACUCAGAGCUGGAUAGUAGAGAUGGAGCCAAGUUAUUCAGCAAACAACCUGGAAGGAUAGUGAGAGUGGCAAGGGGUUCUGGCGUAACAGAGAAAGAGGUCAAAGAUUUAAUUACGCAGUAUACAAAAUUCGCAGCAGUCGUUAAGAAGAUGGGUGGCAUAAAAGGUUUGUUCAAAGCGGGAGAUAUGGCGAAAAACGUUAAUCCUACACAAAUGGCGAAACUGAAUCAUCAAAUGGCUAAAAUGAUGGAUCCGCGUGUAUUACAUCAAAUGGGUGGUAUGCCAGGGUUGCAAAAUAUAAUGAAACAGUUACAACAGGGUGCUGCAGGUGGAUUGGGAAAUUUAAUGGGCGGUUUCGGUGGUAAAUCCUGAGACGAGGUUCCAGGCAGUGCAUGUACUGCCGUUAAGGACAUUAAGGACGUUAGGAUCGUUAAAUACCGUUACAUACAUCUCAAGAGAAAGUUGUGUCGUAUCUGAGUUACAGUACUGAAGAAAUUGUGUUUAAAAACUUUGUUUUCACACAUGCGUGUGAUUUUAUAGGUAUGGAAUCAUGGAAAUAACACUGUUGAUAGUGAAUUCUCAACAUCUUUCUAUUUUUUUUUUUUUUUAUCGUUCAUCGAAUCGUAAAUAUCUUUGGAUGUAAAUGCAAUAAAUUAUCCGAAUACACUAUAAAAUGUGUCAUAAUGAAAAAGCUAAUUUAUUUCGACUGUUUAUAACCCUCUCAUCUAUCCUGGUAUCGUAAAUUUCACUAAAGAUGGUAUCAUUUAUAAAUCAGCUCGUUACUCUCUUUCGUUAUUAAAUACUAUAACUACAUGGAUAUUAGAUGAGAAGUUUUACUUGGAUAUAUUACCAUAAUCAAAUAAUAAAGGUACACAUAAUGUGUGAUAAAUGUAAUUAUCAAUGUAAGUAUUCAUAAGAGGAAUGUAUAUUGUUAUAAAAAAAUAAAUUUCGGGCAAAACAG